AUGCAUACAGAGGUUGUCUUUAGAAGAUAUUUGCUACCAGCAGAAAAGGUUUAUCUAUCAUUGUCAUUUGUUUAUAAUUACAAGGCAUGGGAUCAUGGCUCACAAAUACUUGUUUGCAAGCCUAUAUAUAUGUUUCUUCAAAAUGUUCAUCCUUUACAUACAACAUUAGAGUUAACUUUAGAAACAACUCUUGGUAAGGACUUGACAUAUUUAAAUUCUAGAGACUUGUCAUUGUAUUGGCCAAGCUUAAAUGUGAAGUUAGAACGUGUAAAUAUGCAACCAAGGACAAGUGCUGGAGAUGCUUUCCGUGUAAGUGCAUCAAGUACACCUAGCAAUUUAAGUAGAGGAUCUGACCCAGAUGACAACGAAUCACGAGGUGAUGUUUACAUAUGGGGAGAAGUUUUGACAGAUGGGGUAUCAUCUAAUUGGAGUGGAACUCAAGUCCCUUUUAAGUCAGAUGUGUUGAUUCCUAAGCUUUUGGACUCAAAAGUUGUUCUUGAUGUUUGCCAAAUUGCAUCUGGUGGAUGCCACAUUGCUAUGAUUACAAGGCAAGGAGAUGUUUUUACCUGGGGAGAAGAAUCAGGGGGAAGACUUGGCCAUGGAAUUGAUAAAGAUUUUCGCCAUCCUCACCUUGUUAAGUUUGAGGAAGAUACAAAGUUGGAGUUUGUUGCAUGUGGAGAGUAUCAUACUUGUGUUGUAUCUCAAUCUUAUGAACUUCUCACAUGGGGUGAUGGCACAUAUAAUGUUGGACUUCUUGGGCAUGGUAAUGAGUGCAGCCAUUGGAUACCAAAAAAGGUUAAUGGCCUUUUAGGACUUGAAGUUGUAUCUGUUGCAUGUGGCACAUGGCAUUCAGCAUUGGCAACAUCAAAUGGAAAACUUUUCACUUUUGGUGAUGGAGCUUUUGGUGUCUUGGGCCAUGGAGAUAGAGAGAGCGUGUUAUAUCCAAAGGAGGUACAAUUAUUAAGUGGCCUAAAAACUAUAAAGGUUGCAUGUGGAGUUUGGCACACUGCUGCUAUUAUAGAAGUUACAUUUCAAUCUGGUUCAACUGCUUCACCAUGGAAGCUCUUCACAUGGGGUGAUGGUGACAAAUAUCGUUUAGGUCAUGGAAAUAAGGAAACAUACCUUCAACCUACUCGUGUGUCUCCACUUAUGGAAUAUAAUUUCCAACAAGUAGCUUGUGGGCAUACCAUGACUAUUGCUCUCACUACAUCUGGUCAUGUCUUUACAAUGGGAGGAACUGAAAAUGGUCAAUUAGGAAAUCCAACAUCUCUUGGAAAAAUACCAACACUAAUUCAAGAUAAGUUGCUUGGUGAGUAUGUUGAGCAAAUAUCAUGUGGAGCACAUCAUGUUGUUGUUUUAACUUCAAGAAGUGAACUAUAUACGUGGGGAAUGGGUGCCAAUGGCAGGUUAGGACACGGAGACACAGAAGAUAAGAAUACUCCUACAUUGGUCACGACCUUGAAAGAUAAGCAUAUAAAAAAUAUAUCAUGUGGCUCAAACUUCACAUCUUGUAUUUGUGUCCAUAAAUUGGUCUCUGGAACUGACCAAUCAACUUGUUUUAGUUGUCAACAAGCAUUUGGCUUAACAAGGAUAAGGCACAGUUGUCAUAAUUGCGGAUUGGUUUUCUGUCAUACUUGUAGUUCUAAAAAGGCAUUGAAAGCAGCAUUGAGUCCAACUCCAGAAAAACCUCAUCGUGUAUGUGAUAAUUGUUAUGUUAAGCUUAAAGAUGUUGGGGAUGGUGGUGCUUCCAAGUUUAAUACAAAGGAAAGUCUUUAUUCUUCAAUAAAUGGAAAAGAAAUUUUAGUCCAAGGAACAUCAAGGUCAACAAGAAAUCUUUUUUCUCCCUCCAUUGAACCAAUUAAAUACCUUGAGAUCAAGAGUAGUAAGCCUACAAGCAAAGAUGAUUCUACUUCCUUCGUACAAGCUCCUAAAGUUUCAUCUCUUUCACAGUUAAAUCCAAGUUCAUUAAGUUAUACUCAAAGUGUUUUGAAGCCUAAUAUAACUCUUACUCCAUCAGAAACUUCACCACCUCCACGAUCUCUUGCCAACUAUAGGCCCGCAUACACAAGUAGACAAUGUCCUCCACGUCCUGCCAACCCUAGAUUUUCUGGAAGUCUUAUCGAUAAUUUGAGAAGGAAAAAUGAGCUUUUGAACCAAGAAGUUUCAAAGUUGCAAAAACAAAUUCAAAGUUUGAAGAAUAAGAGUGACAUAAAAGAUGUGGAUAUUCAAAAGCUUCAAAAAAAGGCUACAGAAGCUAUUGCCUUGGCUGCAGUGGAAUCUUCUAAUCAUAGAAUAACAAAGGAAUUUGUUGGAUCUAGUAUAUAUCAGUUAAAAGAAAUGACUAUGAAUCUAUCACAAGAAACACCAGAAAGUAAAGAUUUGAGAACUAUGAUUGCUCGAGUUGAAGAUUUUCUUAAAGAUAUUUCAGAAAUUGAAGCACCUUCCAUGCCUUCAAAGUUGGAGUCCCAAAAACAAAAUGUGGUUGAUAUACCUACUUCAAAUAUUGACUUUUCUAAACUACAAAGACAAAAACUAGAACAAAAUAUUGAUGUUGCAAGGGUUCAUCCAUGUGAAGAUGGAGGAAAUGUCCUAGAAGAAAGUACAAAGUUGGAAUCUAAGCAACAAAAUACACUUGAUAUAUUUGCCUUGGAUACCAACACUUUUGAACUACAAGAACACAAAUCAAAACAAAAUGUUGAUGCCACAAAAGUUGAUCCAAGUCAAGAUGGAGAAGAUUUCCUUGAAGAAAAUAAUGGAUCAAAGUUGCAAUUUGAGCAACAAAAUACACUUGAUAUACCUUCAUUAGAUGCUAGUGCUUUUAAAGUGCAGGAACACAGACCAGAAGAAAGUGUCAAUGCUGUAGAAGAUGAUUCAUGUAAAGAUAGAGAAAAUUUCCUAGAAGAAAGUAAUGGUUCAAUGUUAAAGUCUGAGAAACAAAAUGAAACUAAUGAGCAUGUUGUAAUUAAUGACAUUGCUAAACUACAAGAGCAUAAAUUAGAAGAAAAUGUUGAUGCUACAAUAGCCCUUCAACAAUAUAAUGGAUCAUCUGUAUCUAGUGUUGGAGAAACAAUACCUCCACAAAACUUAGAAAAUGGUUCAAGAUCAUUAGACUCAAUGCUGAGAAAACAAGGAGAAAUACAAGUUAUUGAAAAAUUUGAGCAUGGUGUUUAUGUGACGCUUAUGCUGCAACCAGAUGGCAUCAAAAUUUUUAAACAAGUUAAAUUCAGUAAACGAAGAUUUACAAGAAAUCAAGCAGAAGAAUGGUGGAAUCAAAACAAGAUUAGAGUUCUUAAAAAAUAUUGUCCAACACAUCAAAAGCUAACAACUGGAUCAUGUAAUGACACAUCACUUGUUAAAGAAAAUAUUGAGAUAUCAACUUCUAAAACUUAA